AUGUCGUGGAUUCUCAACCCAGACGGCGACGGCAAAGGACGCACGGUCCGUCAGCGCCCUCCAAAGCUGAGCAGCCUUCCCCGGGAGGGUGCCGCAGGCCCUGCGCCUGGCACGCCUACCAAGGACGCGCGCACGCCAGGGUCAGCAAGCUCGAUACCUAGCUCCCCCUGGGCAGAGUUCCCCCUGAAGGAUAACUACCCUCGUGUCCCGGACCCCGUUAUCGAAGAGCGGGAGGUUUCCACGAAGGCGGCCAAUCGUCCGUUCCUGGCCUACACUCAGUACAAGGAGCGGAGACGGGCGGAACACGAGGCGUGGCUCAAGCGCAAGCACGAGCGCGAGGAGAAGAUGCGUCGCGGCGAGCCCGUUGGGCCCGAAGAGCCUGACCCCACGGAGGAGCCCGAGGUCGGGUGCCUCGGCCUGCUGAAGUUCCUCUUCAUUACAUUUGCGGUCGUAGUGCUUGCGAGCAAAUUUUUCACGGGAAGCUACCUCUGGGAGCAGGACGUCGCGGGCAAGAUUCGCGCUCUGAUUCCGGGGAAUCAGAGGCUGUUCUCGGAGCGAAUGUUGACGACGUUCUCCGGCGAGAGUGAGGGCAAGCCUGUCUACCUCGCGAUUGAUGGGGACGUAUACGACGUGUCAAGCAAUCGAGCAACGUAUGGGCCAGGCGGCUCUUAUCACUUCAUGGCAGGGAGGGAUGCUGCGAGGGCGUUCGCCACAGGCUGUUUUGCUACUCACCAGACUUAUGACAUCAGAGGUCUCUCUGACAAAGAGAUGGCGAGCUUGGACCACUGGAAGAAAUUCUUCGCAGACUCUACAAAGUACCGGAAGGUCGGGCGCGUACUGCAUGAGCCCAUUGAUCCCAUGAGUCCAAUACCCGAGCAUUGCGACCCUAAGAAGGCGAAGAAGGCACCUGAGGAAGCAACUAAACAAGCCGGACAUCGGGACGAGUUAUAG